UUAAAUACGACCAGGCAACGCCGCCUCCCGUCUGUCUGCCACCACUACGCUAUUCAUUCCGACGCUUACUGUCACGUUCCCGCAAGUCCCCAUGCUACAGAAACGGACCCCCCAGAGACGAUACGCAAUGCUCAAGUCCACUUUGCUCGUGGUGCUGAGCUCGGCCUUCGUCGCGUCCCAGAUGACCGACUUUUUCGAAGGAUGCGUAGAGCCUGGACAAAAACGAGAUUCUGGCGACUGUACCCUGGCGCCUCAAACGUGGCUCAGUUCGAACGCGUACCGGCAUUACGCCCACUUGGCCCUGGCAAACGCCUCUAUUCAACCAGAUGAAGGGAACCUCAACACUCUUCUUGAAAUGACUCGUAUAGCAACUCAGCUGGCCGAAGGCUUCAUACUCAAAUUUGAGUUCACCACCGUAGAGAGUAGCUGCAAUAGCUCGGUUGCCUAUUCUGAGGAGCAGUGCCCACCUCUUGGCAGUGAGGCGAAUGGACAUUGCCAGGCAAUGUUUCGACACUACGGUGUUAUGAGGCUUGAACAGGCCUGGUGCGUUCCACGUACCAAGGAGUAGAGCAAACUGCAGUUUUUUACACGUAGCGCAGAUUUCUAUUUCGGCACAGAACAUGAAAAGCGAUUAACCGUAGCUUCAACACAAAGUAGGCAUUAAAUAAAGCUAAUUAUCACUAUUCUCAUGGCAUCUUGAGUUCACAAUCAGUACGUUUGCGGUUGCCCUCGACUAGGAAAAGAUCUUUGGCACCACGAUAACGAAUGGCAUUACUUUUGCGGCACAACUCAUGCACGACACAUCGCAUAUUCAAGUUAAACAAUUCACAAUUUCUUUUUCUAGAAAUGCAUGUUCUUUUAAAAGUGAAAAACCCAGUCAUAUAAGGCUGGUUGGGUGCACAGAGACGCGCGCUCCUUACCGGCCGUGACUCAGUCGACGAGACACAUUUCCUUGGGAGGAGAAUUGAUUGAGCAGUUUAUUGUUUGGCG